GUCCCUCACCCUAACCAACCAGCCACUCGUCACAGCGCAGAGCUAAUGGUACAGAGCGUGCUGAGGAGGAGGCGCCUCCUGGUUCCUCCUGAGCCCUCUCCAGCCCCGCUCCUUCCCUCUCCUAGUCCCUCCCUCCCCGCCACCCACUCCCACAAUCUCCCCUCGCUCUCUCUCUCUCUCACUGCGCGCUCUCUGUUACACUCCCGGUCUCGCCGGACUCAUCUUCAUUCGUUCGCAUUUCGCCGGGUGCGCGGAGCUUUGGAUUCCCUCUACCCUAAUCUCGUCCUCUCCCCGGGCUCCGCUCUCCUCUGCUCCCAUCUUAUCCACUCUUCUCCUUUUGAACUCCUCUUCUCUUACUCUCUACUCCCCUCGUCCUCUGUUUCCCACCACUCCUAUCUCCUAUCUCUACUCCACUCUCAUCUCUACUCCACUCCCCUCUCCGUUGCACUCUCCCAUCUCUGCUCCACACUCACCCGACCGCCACCUGACUCGAUCCAUCAUCAUCAGCAGCAGCAGCUCCGUUGUCUGUGGUCGCGCGGGGGCUGUGGGGAGGAGAGGAGGUCCCGCCUGGAGGAUGGGAGCCGUCCGCGUGUGCGCGCUGCUCUCCGCGCUCUUGCUUCUGGGUGCCAGCCACUACCUGUAUCGGCCUCUCCCCGACUCCGUGGCCGAGCCGUACAAGCUGAUGAUGCUGGACGCCGUCUUGCGCACCGCCAAUCACGUGGCCACUCUGGGCGAGCUUCUGGGACUGGUCGACCCGGAGGUGGUCCUGCGCAACGUGGUGCCCCGCGUGCCCGCUCGCUCCGACGCGUGGGUGACGGUGCACGACACCGAGCUGGGCGGCGUACGCGUGCGGGUGUUCGUGUCCUCGCACGCCGCGGGGCUCAAGCGCGGCGUCAUCUACCUGCAUGGCGGAGGAUGGGCGUACGGAACCACGCAGGACGUUGGCAAUGACCACCAGUGCCGCGAAGCGGCACGCCGACUCGACGCGGUCGUCAUCUCCGUGGAAUACCGCCUGGUGCCGGAGCACCGCUUCCCCGUGCCGCUGGAGGACUGCCUGCGCGUCACGCGGCACUUCCUGCGGCACGACACGCUGGCGGCCUUCUCCGUGGACCCUGCGCGCGUCGCCAUCUCGGGGGACAGCGCCGGCGGGAACCUCGCGAUGGCCGUGGCUCUGCAGCUGGCACGGGAGCCGAAGGAGGGCUCGGCGAGCCUCAAGCUGCAGGCGCUCAUCUACCCGACGCUGCAGGCGCUCGACUUCCAGACGCCGUCGUACCGGGACAACGCUCACGUGCCCAUCCUGUACGCACGCACCAUGGUGCGCUUGUGGCUCGAGUACCUGGGCGGGGACGUGGCGCUGACGGACGCUCUGCUGGAGAACGCGCACUCGCGCCACGUGCUGCUCGACCCGAGCGGCCCCGGUGCCUUCGUGGAUUGGCGCUCGCUGCUGCUGUCCCGCCGGCCGCGUGGCACGGGGCCUGCGCCGGGGCCCCCUGAGGGCCCCGCGCGCCCAGACAUCCUGGCCAAGAUCCCGGCGCUGCUGGAUCCCAGGGCCACGCCGCUCUUGGCUGAUGACGAUUGGCUGCGCAUGCUGCCGCUCACGUACGUGGUGACGUGCGAGCACGACGUGCUGCGUGACGACGGCGCCUUGCUGGUGGCGCGUCUGGGCCCGCUGGGGGUCCCCGUGCAGCACCAACACCUGGAGGACGGCUUCCACGGCGUCUUCUCGCUCGUGCAGCAGCCCCUGCUGCACUUCGACAUCGGCGUGCGCACCGUGAACAUGUACAUAGCCUGGCUCGACGAGCACCUCUAGAGCCGCCACCUCGUACCGCUCACCUAUCACCACUCACCUAUCAUCUGCCACCUCUUACCUCUCAUCAGAAAAUAAACUAAAAUAACUUCAUCGGGACUGAGGCUCCCAAAAGGCCAUGCGGGAGGGCAUGUGGCACAGUUUGGCAUCAGCUAUUGUAGAGUGUGGUCAUCUCGCUACGGUUCUCUACGGUGACUCCAUUAGACAACACAAAGGAGAUGGUACAGAUCAGACAACACAGACGACAUGGUACAGAUCAGACAACACAAAGGAGACGGUACAGAUCAGACAACACAAGGGAGAUGGUACAGAUUAGACAACACAGAGGAGAUGGUACAGAUCAGACAACACAGAGGAGAUGGUACAGAUUAGAAAACACAAGGGAGAUGGUACAGAUCAGACAACACAAAGGAGAUGGUACAGAUCAGACAACACAAGGGAGAUGGUAUAGAUUAGACAACACAGAGGAGAUGGUACAGAUCAGACAACACAGAGGAGAUGGUAGAGAUUAGAAAACACAAGGGAGAUGGUACAGAUCAGACAACACAAAGGAGACGGUACAGAUGGGACAACACAAAGGAGAUGGUACAGAUCAGACAACACAGAGGAGAUGGUACAGAUCAGACAACACAGAGGAGAUGGUACAGAUUAGAACACACAAGGGAGAAGGUACAGAUCAGACAACACAGAGGAGAUGGUACAGAUCAGACAACACAAAGGAGAUGGUACAGAUCAGACAACACAAAGGAGAUGGUACAGAUCAGACAACACAAGGGAGAUGGUACAGAUCAGACAACACAAAGGAGAUGGUACAGAUCAGACAACACGGAGGAGAUGGUACAGAUCAGACAACACAAAGGAGAUGGUACAGAUUAGACAACACCAAGGAGAUGGUACAGAUCAGACAACACAGGAGAUGGUACAGAUCAGACAACACAAAGGAGAUGGUACAGAUGAGACAACACAAAGGAGAUGGUACAGAUCAGACAACACAGAGGAGAUGGUACAGAUGAGACAACACAGAGGAGACGGUACAGAUGAGACAACACAAAGGAGAUGGUACAGAUGAGACAACACAAAGGAGAUGGUACAGAUGAGACAACACAAAGGAGAUGGUACAGAUUAGACAACACAAGGGAGAUGGUACAGAUUAGACAACACAGAGGAGAUGGUACAGAUCAGACAACACAAAGGAGAUGGUACAGAUUAGACAACACAAGGGAGAUGGUACAGAUUAGACAACACAAGGGAGAUGGUGCAGAUCAGACAACACAGAGGAGAUGGUACAGAUCAGACAACACAGAGGAGAUGGUACAGAUCAGACAACACAGAGGAGAUGGUACAGAUCAGACAACACAGAGGAGAUGGUACAGAUCAGACAACACAAAGGAGAUGGUACAGAUCAGACAACACAGAGGAGACGGUACAGAUCAGACAAUACAAAGGAGAUGGUACAGAUGAGACAACACAAAGGAGAUGGUACAGAUGAGACAACACAAAGGAGAUGGUACAGAUUAGACAACACAAGGGAGAUGGUACAGAUUAGACAACACAGAGGAGAUGGUACAGAUCAGACAACACAAAGGAGAUGGUACAGAUUAGACAACACAAGGGAGAUGGUACAGAUUAGACAACACAAGGGAGAUCGUACAGAUCAGACAACACAAAGGAGAUGGUACAGAUCAGACAACACAAAGGAGAUGGUACAGAUCAGACAACACAAAGGAGAUGGUACAGAUCAGACAACACAGAGGAGAUGGUACAGAUCAGACAACACAGAGAAGAUGGUACAGAUGAGACAACACAGAGGAGAUGGUACAGAUCAGACAACACAAAGGAAAUGGUACAGAUCAGACAACACAGAGGAGAUGGUACAGAUGAGACAAUACAAGGGAGAUGGUACAGAUGAGACAACACAAGGGAGAUGGUACAGAUGAGACAACACAAGGGAGAUGGUACAGAUGAGACAACACAAAGGAGAUGGUACAGAUUAGACAACACAAGGGAGAUGGGAGUACAAACAAGACAACAAACACAAGACAAGACCCAUUGAGAAAAACGCAAAGAAGACGGUGACCGUACAGAUGAAACGGUGCAAAUCAGACGGUGUGGGACGUUGCAAAUUAGACCGAUAUUAGAGAAUCCUGUUCAUAAGGUGACCUGAAUCGUCCCGCUGGAUCAACGCACAGAGUGGCUGAGUGCCUAUCGUUUGAUGUAAUUUGGUGCAGCUUUUCUGUUUACAACGUUUCCCAGGUAGCAAGACGACCGCGUCAGGGCGCUCUGGGUUAGGUGACCAAGCUAGGCUCUGCGUCAAGUUGAUUGUGUUUGACUGCGUUAAAUGACUAUACUGUAUAAGACUCUUAAGGAUAAAGAAUUACAUCAGGCUGUGGUUUAGAAUACUAUAUAACACUGUUAAGGUGACUGCUUUCGACUCUUGGUUUUAAUAGCUGUGUUCGUCUAUGUUAAAAUGAAUAACUUGGACAACUCGUUUAAAAUGAUUAUUAGAUUCUGGCUUAACAUGGCUGCGUGUUUUCUGGCUAUCGGUUAAAAUAACUCGCGUUAAACACUGGGUUAAGCAGAUCGAUUUAGUCUGCGUUUUUUUAAUGUAUGUGUAUUUGGCUGUAAGGUCUUCUAUUACUGUGUUUAAACUCUGGGUUAGGCAUCUGUGUACGACUGCGUGUUAAGGUGUCUGAGUUAUACUCUGGAGUUAAGUCGAUGGUGUGUUAGAUUUGGGGUUAUUAAUUAAUGCGUCGUAUUGUUGUGGGUUAACACUGGCCACGCGUUAGUCUCUGACUCGUGUUCAUGAAUGAACGCGUUCGCUGGGGUGAUAUCGCGGUCGUUUUGUCCUCCCCCUCACCUCCUGUUGGCCAACCCACAUCCCCCUGUCCCGCACACAUCUCAUCAGCUAAUCACAAUGUUUCCAUUGCAUUCUCUGCCCACAUUCUACAUUUUGGAUGAUCCGAAAAGAUGUUUCGGAUUGUUCUGAAAUAUGUCACAGACUUUGCUGCCUAUAGAGAUGCAAUUUUGAUGAUACUUGACGUCACGUUUGCUUAAAUUGUUAAAAACAUAAAACAAUAUGACAUUCGAAUUCCUAUAUUCGAAUUAUUGCUUUACUGAAUUAAAAUGCAACUGUUCAUAUUUAAAAUUGUCAACAUGGUUACAUUUUGUGCAUACAACUAUAUGUUAUUAAAAUAUGAUACAUUUUCAUCUGAAUAUACGAAGCAAAAGCCAAAGUCAGGCGAAAGAAAAUCCAAUUCUCAAACAAUUUUUUUACAUCAGAAAUUAAUCCCAAAUAUAUGUUUACAGCCUAUCACUAGUAUGUUAUUGCACUUUCCACGUGCUUUUGUUUACCUUGAUACAUUAAUCAGAUAAUCAAUUGCAAUGGAAACAUAGCCUGUGUGCAAUUGCUGAAAAGUGAAAAGUAAAUUAAAGCGAUUGGAUGCAAAAUACAAACAUGAA